AUAUUUUGAUAAUAUGGGUGAUGAGUAUCAACAAACAAGUUUUGAUUCGCUUGUUGAAUUUAGUCUCGAACUUUGAUCGACACAUGAUCAUAUUAUACAUAUAACAUGUUAAGAAGAACUUACUUUAAAACUCAAAGACAAAAAUAUUUUGAAAAACCUUCUCAUGGGAAUAUGGAAUGUUAAUAUCCUCUCUUUGUCUUGUGACAAUCUUAAGGUCGGUCCCAUCUUUUUUGACAAAAGUUAACAAUUGAAAAUUAGUUAGUUAUGAUAUAGCUAACUCGGUUUUAACUUCAGGCGCUUAAUGACUGUAGUGAAACAAUAUUUGUAUUCAACUACCUGAUGCUGUUAACUAUUGUAUCGUGUGUAGAGUGGAAAUCUACCAUAUCUACUCAAGAAUUAUCCAAUCUAGAAACUCUCGUCUUUAAAGUAGCAUACACAUUAUUCACAUUAACAAUUAAUAUGCUUUUACACAUAAAUAAAUUUUCAAAUAUUCUCUUUUUAUGAAUACCGGUUUGUAUCAGGUUGUUGAAUACUGGUAUUGUUUCACUUCAGUCAUUAAGUACGUGAAACAAAAACCAAGUUAAACUAUGUCAUCACUAACUAAUUGUCAAUUGUAAACUUUAACAAAAAAGAUGGGACUGACCUUAAGAGUGUCACAAGACAAGUAAAGGAUCUUAACAUUGCAUAUUCUCAUGAGAAAGGUUUUCAAACUAUUCUUGUCUUUGGGUUCCAAAAUAAGUUCUUCUUCACAUGUUACAUGUAUGAACAUAUCAAGUGUCAUUGAAGUCCGAGACUAGCUUCAACAAACGAAUCAAAACUCGCUUGUUGAUACUUAUCAGUCUUAAUAUCAAAGUAUUCUAGGUUGACCAUAUUUGAAAUAUCAAAUGACAGUGACACAUUCUCAUUAGCCAACAUCCUUAAACACAUAAAAAGUUUCAGAACAAAAAAACUUCAGUUUCUUGAGGGUUGGAAUAGACAUGGUCACACGAAACAAGGUUGAGGUUCCAAAUAGUUCAAGUUCCCCUUCAAAUUAAUUAGUACUAAUUUUUCGAGCACAUGACAUCCAGAUAGAAGCUUUGUUAAACGUCAUCAAAGUCAAGAUUUGGUAUAAACGUUUAACAAACUUCUAUUUGGAUGUCAUGUGCUCGAAGAGUUAGAACUAUUUAAUUUGAAGCAGAACUAGUACUUAUUUGGAACUUCAACCUUAUUCAGUGACCGUGUUUAUUUCAAUCCUCAAGAGGCUAAAGUUUUUUCGUUUUAAAACUUUUUUUAUAAGGUUCAAGAUGUUAAUGAGGCUAAUGAGAAUGUGUCACUGUCGAUAAUCCAAAUAUGGUAUACAUAGAAUAUUUUGAUAAUAUGGGUGAUGAGUAUCAACAAGCAAGUUUUGAUUCGUUUGUUGAAUUUAGUCUCGAACUUUAAACGACACAUGAUCAUAUUAUACAUAUAACAUGUUAAGAAGAACUUACUUUAAAACUCAAAGACAAAAAUAUUUUGAAAAACUUUCUCAUGGGAAUAUGGAAUGUUAAUAUCCUCUACUUCUCUUGUGACAAUUUUAAGGUCAGUCCCAUCUUUUUUGACAAAAGUUAACAAUUGAAAAUUAGUUAGUUAUGAUAUAUAUAGCUAACUCGGUUUUAAUUUCAAGUGCUUAAUGACAGUAGUGAAACAAUAUAUGUAUUCAACUACCUGAUACUGUUAAUUAUUGUAUCAUGUGUAGAGUAGAAAUCUACCAUAUCUACUCAACAAUUAUCCAAUCUAGAAACUCUCGUCUUUAAAGUAGCAUACACAUUAUUCACAUUAACAAUUGAUUUGCUUUUACACAUAAAUAAAUUUUGAAAUAGUCUCUUUUUAUCUGCAUAACGAAUAUACGUACUAAACAAUGUGCAACGAGGAUGGGUGUUUAUGCAAACGUUGGAGGGGGGGGGGAAGGAAAUACUCUUUGGUGAUCUUAUGACGACGAAGACAUAGAGAAGCAGGUGAAACACUUCCUAAAGACAAUGUCGAAUCUUGAACAAAGGAUAUUGUGCUACGAUACACCAACUGAUAAGAUGUUACCACUAGAAGUUACUUUUAUUCGCUUAUGAAUUUUAAAUUCAUUCUUAAACUCAUGAAAAGCCUUUUUUAGUCUGGAUGACACAAGUGUUUUUAGGAGAAACAAACGUUUUGUACAACUUCAAAUGUGAAAAAUGAAACAAAUGUGGAAAAUCAUCUCAUUUUCAGAUUAAAUGAUAAAAGCUUUCAUGUCUGUGAAGUCAAGUAAUCAUGUUGUGAAUGUAAAUUAGUGUUACAGAUCACUACAUAUAUAAAACAUAAAGCUCUAACGUGUAAACUCUAGUAUGAACUUGUUAAAUAUUGGGUAAAAUGGGGAAAAUCAAUUUUUUUCAAAAUGUGUGUGGAAGUGGUGUAACAAAGGUCAUAUUAAUUAAUUGUUGCGAUAUAAGAUGAAAGGUCUCUUUGUUUUAAAAUUUGAGUAUCUAUUGGAUGUAAUUUUACAAAGUCAAUUUAUAUUUUUCUAUUUAGAAAUGACAACAGAUUAAGUGGGAGACCUUUGAAGAAAUGAAAGAAGUUGAAAAGUUUGAAAGUAGUGAAACUUAGUUUUAGUAAAAUAAAUACCAAAGUGGAAGAGUUACAUUUUAAAACUUAAAAGAAGUUCAAACCUAUAUUCUAAAGUAAAAAAAAUAUAUAAAUAAAAUACUUUGUUAUAUGUUUUUUUUCUAAGCGUGGCCGAAACUCUCCUAAACAAGGUUCGAAACUUGCUAUCCACGACACACAAUCUUUUUCAAAUGACACUAUAUUACAGCAGUGACUAUAUUUCAACAUUAUAUUUUAUUUUCGUGUUGCUAUUUUUUGGUAAUGCUAUAUUUAUUACUCAACAAAGAUAAUAUCUACAAAAGCUCUUUGAACUGAAAAGCGAAGAAUAACCUUAAGUGUGCUCGAACCAAAACUGAAGAAUAUCUUGUAGCCAAACUCAUCUUGGAAUAAAAUAGGGUAAACUCAUGUUUGUGAUAUAAUAAACGUUUAGUCAUCCAUUUACUUUAGAAUAAAAAAUCAAUGUUGAGUUGGCUUGUAUCAUAACUACGAAAUCAAAAGGUUGAAGUUUGGUCAUUAAUUCCAUCCUACCAAUUAUCCUUUUUUCUUUAAUUUCUUUAUUAGUCGAUCUAUACAAAAAAAUUACUGACUAUAAAAGUGACUUUGAAGUUUUAAAUUGUGAUUAUUGCCGAUAAAAAUUAGCUUCUUAUAAAUUUACUGAUUCGCUAUCAACUCAAUGAGAUAACCAGGAUCCGUAAAAACAAUGGUUUUGCUUUCUAAGUUUUCAUUGUUCCAAGUUUGGUUUCUAUUUUGGGGAGAAUAAAAACUAUUAUUUGUAGUAUUUUUAAUGUUUAAAGAAAAAGUAAAAGAAGAGAAAGAGUCAAAGAAUAUGUUAGGAACCACAAAUGGUCACCCACAAUUCUCUCAACAUCACAAAAAUUAAAAUAGGUCUUAUUCACUAAUCACUCUAAAUUCAAAAUGCAAUACUAUAAAUACACUUCGUAUCAAACCAAUUCAAUCAAUCAAAGCUAAAAGAACUUAUUCUCUCACAAACUUCAAAUCCUCAUCAUCCUUUUUGAAUCAUCAAUCAUGUCGCAACAACAAUUCAACGCCGGACAGAACAGAGGCCAAGCUCAAGAGAAAGCUGAGCAAUGGACCGAGUCUGCGAAGCAAACCGCACAGUCCGCAUGUGACAAAACUGCUGAUUUGACACAAUCAGCACGUGACAAGGCUGCAGAUUUGACACAAUCAGCUCGUGACAAAACCGCUGAUGGAUCUCAUUCCGCUAACAAAUCUGCACAACAUAACCAGGAACAAGCCGCUGGUUUAUUCGGCCAGACCGGUGAAUCAGUGAAGAACAUGGCUCAGGGUGCUCUUGACGGUGUGAAGAACAGUCUUGGCAUGAACGAGAAGAAAUGAGAAUUUAUACUUCUCAACUAUUUUAUUUAAAAUAUUUAUGAAUAAUUUCUUGUUUUGGAAGUUUUGGGUUUCUCCAAAUUAUGUUUGUAAUAAGAUUAUUUGUUUUGAAAGGUUUUGUGAUCAUGUAAUCCGAAAUCUGAGAUGUAAUAAGAUGUUGUAACAUCACAGCCUUUGUCUAUUUUAAAGGAAUGAACCAAAUUAGCAAA